AUGAUAGACCUUCCCCACCCACCAAUGAACACACCAGCUGAAGAAAAACGAGAUGGUGUCGCAAAGGAUCAAUUCCAGUCGUUUAUCCCUAGGGGCUUUGCAGGAAAUCAACCUAUAUAUAAACCGCUGACCACACACCCGGAAGUUGUCAUUGCGAACCAGUGUAUCGAAGGAAUAGCACAAACCAACCAACAGAUAGUAGCCAGCCUAGCCAGACAGAAUUUACCGAAAUGCCACCCUGAUGUGUUCGACGGCGACGCCACCUUGUUCCACCCUUGGAAAGGGUCGUUCCAAGCAAUGACCCAAGACGCAAAUCUAAGCCCUUCCCAGGAGAUGAUCGCUUACCUACGGAACUACACGAAGGGGAAUGCUCAGGAUUUGGUCAACCACUUCAGGAAGAGACAACAAGAUGACCCCACAGUCACCUUACGCGAACUCUGGAAAGAGUUGGAACGACGGUUUGGGAACACUGCCAUUCUGACUGAUGCGCUCCUCCAGAGACUGAAAGAUUCCGCCAAAUUCACCGUUCGAGACAAGACAAAGUUACAAGAAUUCGCCGACGUCUGUGACGGUGUCGACAACCAAAUGACCACCUUAUCGGGACUAGCCUGCCUCAACUACCCGAACGCUAUAAAGCCCAUUGUCGACAACCUGCCUAGUUUCCUUAGGUUCAAAUGGGAGAAAGAAGUGGUCGAGUACGCGGAAGAGAACAACGACCUCUAUCCCACAUUCCACCAGUUCUCGGUAAUGAUUCAGAAGCAAGCUAGAUUGAAAAAUUAUCCGAACGUGGUAGCUAGUGAACACCUAAACCCCAACGAUCCACGACUCAGAGAUCCAAAGCGAGAAAGACCGAAAGACAAUCGUGUGUUCAAAACAAGAGCGGAGGACAUCAACGAUGACAAAGGGUUUGGUGUUGACAAUAAGAACGAAAGGUUCUGUUCAUUUCACGAAAGAAAGGGACACGAACUCAGUGAGUGUAAAGCCUUUAGUAAAAAGACUUUGGAAGAAAGAACUGAUUGGAUUAAGAAAGCCGGUCUCUGUUUCCGAUGCCUGAUCGGGAAACAUCGAGCGAAGCAAUGUAAGGAAAACGUGAAAUGCGGGAAGUGUAAGAGCGAACGACAUCCAACAAUAUUACACAAAGAUAAGGUCGAGAAGCAAGAAAACGAGGAGAGAAAUAACGGCGAGGAGCGAGUUAACGAAGAUUUACAAUCGCGAUGCACUUCUGUCUGUCAGGGGAGAUCAGGAGGACUAUCUUGCAGUAAGAUCCUGCUUGUAGACGUGUAUGCAGAAGACAGACCAGAAAACGCUCACCGGGUGUAUGCUAUAAUGGAUGAUCAAAGUAAUGCAUCAAUGCAGCCUAGACCUAGGCCUUCUAUUUUUAUUUUUAUUUUUUUAAUAUUCAGCGCUUUUUCACAUGAAAAGACUGGGACUAGGUAAUUUGGGGGCGGGGCGGAGGAAGGACACAAGCCUGACGCAAGCGAAAAUAUAGAAGGCCUAGUGGAUUUCCCAACAACAAGGCCAAAACUGCCCUGAAACUGUCCUGAUUGCGAAAUGCCCAAUUGUUGCGUUCUCAAACAGAAUUAUUUGCAACUUAACAGCGAAUUUAAACCGAUACAGGUAAAAUAAACUCAUUUAUAGUAUAAACUUACUAUUUUUAUUUGUAUACACGUCUAGAAAAUCGGGUUUUUUAUCAUAAAGUUUGAAACAACACUAUUUAUAUAUGUUGACAAGGUGUAGCGAAACGGCACAAAAUAAUAAUUCUUUUAUUCGCAAGACAAUCUACUGUUUUGCUUUGAAUAACUAUAUUUGCGAAUUGGGAAUGAGGAAUUUGAAAUUAGUGUUCAAAUAUUACAGAUAUACCAUUUGUAUAAACAAUGUACGUUUUUAUAUACAGUACUGUACGGGCUAAUAAUAUAUGUAUCCGUUUUAUUUUGUAUAUUUUACAAACACAAGACUGCUUCUUGCCAAAAUUGAGAAAAUAUAUAUUAAUGUACUUGUGUAUAAGACAAAAUUUCAUGAAAGAUUCUACUUUUGGUAUAUAUUUUGACUCAUUUUGUUCUUUCGCUACACCUUGUCAACAUAUUAAAUAAUAGUGUUGCUUCGAACUUUAUGAUAAAAAACCGAUUUUCUAGACGUGUAUACAAAUAAAAAUAGUAAGUUUAUACUAUAAAUGAGUUUAUUUUACCUGUAUCGGUUUAAAUUCGCCGUUAAGUUGCAAAUAAUUCUGUUUGAGAACGCAAUAAUUGGGCAUUUUGCAACCAGGGCAGUUUCAGGGCAGUUUUGGCCUUGUUGUUGGGAAAUCAACUAGGCCUUCUAGGCUUGCUUCCUCCGCCCCGCCCCCAAAUCACCUAGUCCCAGUCUUUUCAUGUGAAAAACCGCUGAAUACUAAAAAAUAUAAAUAAGACUAGAAGGCCUACGUCUAGGCUGGCAUCAAUGAUAAGCCCAGAACUAGCAGACUUGUUAGAUAUCGAUAGCCCAAAGCAAAAAUACCUUCUUACGACAUGUAGUGGUGCUAAAGAAACAAAGUACGGUCGGAGAGUAUCCGGGCUAUUCGUGAAGUCGAUGUGUGGCAGAAUCGCCAAGUUACCUAACCUCGUUGAGUGUGAACACAUACCACAGGACAAGACCGAGGGGUUCCCACUCCAACCACGACAAAGCACUAUCCCCACCUCGAUGAAGUAAGUAAAGAAAUCCCACCGUUAGACCAGGAAGCCAAGAUCGGUAUCCUCAUUGGCCGAGAUGCCCCAGAGUUGUUGAAAGUCAGGGCUUUCAAAAAUGGUCCCAAAGGUGCACCUUGGGCACAAAAGCUUGCGCUAGGAUGGACGGUGUCUGGUCAAAUGUGUCUUGACAGAGUUGGAGGACCAGUACUCAUCUCAGCCCGUAGUACAGUCGUACAGCUGCCACCACCUACACUCGUCAUCGAACCUAGGGUACAACACGAAGAAGGUGCCCACGCCAACCUCGAAACCCACCCAGGAUAUCGAACAGUAACGUGUCCAAACUACUUUGAAGUUAAAGACGAGAUCAAGGACCAUUCAGAGAAAACGAAGAGCAACGUUUACCGAACUACUCCGGAAGACAAUGAAAUCGGCUUGUCUUGGGAAGACCGCCAGUUCCUUCAUAUUAUGGAGAAAGGGAUUCACAAAAAUGAAUCUGGCAAUUGGGAGAUGCCGCUACCCUUCCGCUCUCCAAACGUGACGAUGCCAAACAACCGGGAGCAAGCUAUGAGUCGCCUGCAGAGUUUGCUGCGUACCUUCAAAAGAAAGCCCCAGAUGGAGAAAGAUUAUUUGGAGUUUCUCGGAAAAGUAAUCAAACGCGGACAUGCCGUUCCAGUCCAACGAAGCGACGUCUCUACAGAACAAGAAGGCAAAUCCACAAGCCCGGAGGAGAAAGCAGGUGUCAAGCCUGGCAAAGUAUGGUACCUACCGCAUUUCGGAAUCUAUCAUCCCAAAAAGCCGGAGCAGAUUCGAGUGGUUUUCGACUCAUCUUGCGAAUACAAAGGUGCAUCUCUCAACAAGGAGCUACUGGUUGGUCCAGACCUAAUGAACAGUCUACUAGGAGUACUCAUGCGCUUUAGACAAGAAAGCGUUGGAGUGAUGUGUGAUGUGGAACAAAUGUUCCAUUCGUUCUACGUCGAUCCAGCCCACAGAGACUUUCUCAGAUUCUUAUGGUUCAAAGACAAUGACCCAUCCCAGGAGAUUAUCGAAUACAAGAUGACCGUCCACCUUUUCGGCAACAGCCCUAGCCCAGCCGUGGCUACAUUCGGGAUGCGAAAAGCUGCAAACGACGGCGAGGAGAAACACGGAACGGACGUGAAGAAGUUCAUCUGCGAGGACUUUUACGUCGACGACGGCUUAACGUCUCAGCCGGUCGAAGAAGAUGCAAUCAGUUUGGUAAAGGGAGCGCAAGCUGCAUUGGCCACCGCCAACCUUCGCCUACACAAGGUGGCUUCAAACUCGAUUGAAGUGAUGGAGGCAUUUCCAGCUGAAGAUCGAGCAACGAUUGUGCGCGAUCUGGACCUGCGACAAGACACCCUUCCUGCUCAAAGAACACUCGGCGUGCAAUGGGACUUGGAGAGAGAUGUCCUGACAUUCAGUGCCAACCUGCCAGAUAAACCAUUUACGAGAAGAGGAGUCCUGUCCGUAGUAAAUUCGAUCUACGACCCUCUUGGACUAGCUGCACCUGUUGUCUUGGUCGGAAAACUUCUACUACAACACUUAGUCGUCCUGGGAAAGAAGAAACAGAAAGAUAAACCCCUUGGAUGGGACGAACCCCUUCCUGACGACUCGAAUCUACGCUGGCAAUCUUGGAGAAGUGAACUCCCUGCCCUCGAGAAUGUCUCCGUUAGCCGAUGUUACCACCCAAGGAACUUUGGUCGUGUCGCCCGCAGUGAGAUCCAUGCAUUCUCGGACGCGAGUAAAGAUGCCAUAGCGACCGCCGUGUACCUAAAACAAGUUAACGAAGAAGGAGAAAUUAGCGUAAGCCUGGCGUUUGGCCAAUCCAAAGUUGCACCUACCCAACCUACGAGCAUCCCACGUCUGGAGCUUUGCGCGGCAGUAUUGGCGACCCAAGCAGUGAAGAAACUCACGAAAGAAUUAGAUAUUGAAAUCCACAGCGUGACCUUUUACACUGACUCGAAAGUGGUCCUCGGAUAUAUCAAGAACGACAUCAGAAGAUUCCACAUCUACGUAGCGAAUCGGGUCCAAGCAAUUCGAGAUGUAUCUGAACCCAGCCAAUGGAAGUAUAUUGACACUUCAACGAACCCUGCCGACCUAGCGACACGAGGUAUUACAGUUAAAGUACUACAGGAGUCUGACUGGUUAAGAGGACCCUCCUUCUUGAAGUCGAACUCACUUACCACCUCACCAGUCGACGAAUCUGACGGAGAUAUCGACGAGAACGAUCCAGAAGUCAGACAAGAGGCAAAAGUCCACGCCACCAGCACCCAGAAAGCCCUCGGAUUAGGAUCAGAACGAUUCGAUCGGUUUUCAGAAUGGUCUACUCUUCAGCGAGCCAUUGCAAAACUCGUCAUGAGAGCGAAAAGAUUCAAAAUAAAGUCGGACCCACAAACGUCACAGCACGAUCACGAGACGACCGAAAGCGGAGACAACGACGGCCCUACCCUAGACGCAUCUAAACGAGCUGAAAUCUUGAUAAUUCGAACAGCCCAAGAAGAAGCCUUCGCGGACGAAAUCAGCGUAUUGCAAAGGAGGAGUGGCAACGAACCAGAAAGUCGCCAGUCCUUGAGAGAAAGAAGAACGGUGUUACGAAAGUCCAGCCUGUUUCGUUUGGAUCCUUUCCUCGACAAAGACGGUGUUCUUAGAGUUGGAGGACGUAUACAUCGAUCAGAUUUGGGGUUUGAGGAGAAGCAUCCAACAAUUCUGCCAAAGAAACACCACGUGUCGGAGUUGUUGAUCCGUCAUUAUCACCACAAGGUCUACCAUCAAGGCCGUCAGAUCACGCACGGAGCCCUACGGCAAGCUGGUUAUUGGGUCGUCGGCGGCCACGGAAUGGUGUCUCGAAUCCUGAAUUCCUGUGUGACGUGCAGAAAACUGAGAGGAAGAAUGCUCACCCAGCAUAUGGCCAACCUUCCAAAAGACCGAAUCGAACCAAGCCCACCCUUCACGAGCAUAGGAGUUGACGUAUUUGGCCCAUGGAUAAUCCGAACAAGGAAGUUAAGGGGUGGUGCUGCGGAAUCAAAACGGUGGGGCCUUGUCUUCACUUGCAUGAGUAGCAGAGCUAUCCACAUCGAAGUUCUGCAGUCGAUGGAUACCAGUUCAUUCAUCAACGCCCUUCGUCGUUUCUUCGCCAUACGCGGACCGGCCGCCCUAAUCAGGUGUGAUUGUGGAACAAACUUCGUUGGAGCAAAGACGGAGCUCGGAGAAGCACUCAAAGAAAUGGACCAAGCUAGCAUCGAGAGAUACGUGAGGGAUCAAGGAUGCGAAUGGAAGUUCAACCCACCCCAUGCGUCUCACUUCGGAGGCGUCUGGGAACGUCAGAUUGGGACCAUUCGUAGGGUAUUGAAUGCUAUGCUGUUGAACAUUGGAAGUUCUCAACUCGAUCACGAACUACUGGUCACCUUGAUGGCGGAGGUCGCAGGAAUCGUUAAUAACCGGCCUAUAUCAGCGAUCCCAACCGAUAUCGACCAACCGAGUCCCUUAACACCCUUUAUGUUGCUGACAACAAAGAAGCGUCCACUGGCACCUCCCCCUGGUAGAUUCGUGGCGCAAGACCUGUAUGCCCGUCAGUAUUGGAGAAGAGUACAGUACCUGGCCGAUCAAUUCUGGCUACGCUGGAGACAGGAAUACCUUCAAAACCUCCAAGUCAGAACGAAGUGGCGCAACCGAGAACAAAACCUUUCUGGAGGAGAUGUAAUCCUAGUAAAAGACAACGACGUAUCCCGUAACGAGUGGCCUAUGGGAAAGAUAGUAGAAGCAUUAACGAGCGAAGAUGGAAAAGUGAGGAAAGUCAAGAUCAUGGUGUGCAAAGAAGGGAAACGGAAGAUAGUCUACCGUCCUAUCAGCGAAAUAGUGUUGUUGCUACCAACGGAGAAGGACAACGAUCUCAAUGACAAGGAUAGCAUAUCCUUGGGCGAGGAGUGUGAUGUUGACUCGGAGAAGUACGUGGCGUGAGUCGGGUUGUCGGGAAUUGUCGUCGAUAUAUGGACGGUGGGGCCCAGGACUCGCGCGGUUUGGUUGCCUUAGUAACGCGAAUAACGUUUUUGGAACGUUGUAUUUUAUAGAGACAAGCUAUAUUUUAGAGACGCUUUUAAUGUAUCUUCCUGUUAAAUUUUGGGGACAUUAUAAACGUAAGUCGUCAGACUUUUGACAUUGAACUGAUCGUCUACCUUUCGUGUGUUAUAGUGUGUAUUUUUCCUUUAUUUUUAUGUAGUUUCACCGCGCAUUUGAGGACUAUAUGUGUUUACGUAAAUGUGUAUGUCAUUUCUACGAAUAAUAUUAAAAGUUAAAGUGUAAAGUUGUCUUCUAUUGCGUGGUUGAACACUAAACGAACUCCUAUUCGACUCUUCCCACGAGGUGCUCGAAUUGGGAACGCGACAAUAAUAUCAUGGUACGCUCUCAAUAUAUUCCAUCAAAUAGCCAAAACAAUAAGGCCUUCGAUCCUUUCUUGCCAAAAAUAUAAAAACCAGAAAUUUAGCUAGUCAUGGAAUCAGUGCUACAUACAGUAUUUAGAGUAAUUUCUCGUGCAUUUUUGUUGAUUCUAUUAAUUAACAAUAAUCCAAUUAAUGGCUAAAUUAAGUGAGUUGAAUACUUCCUAAUAUAACCAAUGUGCUAUAAUUGCAUGUUCAUAUAACAAUCUGAGUCUAUUCUACCUUUUCAUUGGUCCAGAACCAUAUAUGAUCUAUUUGUAACCCAUUUGUUUUGUAAAUUUAAAAAUGCCCCAUAAGAUGUAUAGUAUAUAUAGUAUAAAAGAAAAGGGCUGUUUUAUAAUGUAUACAUGUAGGGUGAUUGACAGUAAAGUAAACGCAUUGCCCAUUGGAACGAAAGUUUCUGGAGCUAUGGGAUGUAGAACUCAUGCAGUUAUGCCUGGGAAAAAGUUGACCAAUUUAGAUUUCCUUGGUGAUCUACCACUAUCUUAUGGGAUUGGUGUUCUUGGCCUGGCGGGGUAGGUCUUUCAAUAUAUAUUUUUUUAAAAAUUUGUUAUUGUAAUUUAUAUGAAUUGCAAGAUUGACGUUCUUAAUAUUCGUUGUACUGUUUAUUAUCUAGUCUCUGUUCUGCUAUAAACUCGGUCUGUGCCAGCGUAGGUAUAGUGACAAUAACACCAGAAAGCUGCGGAUUGAGAGAGAUUCGACUGCCUGAAAAAUACAAGUAAAACUUCGACGUUUCGAGCAAAGGUCCUUCGUCGGGAAGUUAAGCCCUGGGCAAACUAGGAAACAUUGUUGUGGAAACUUGCCCACUCGUGGAAACAUUGUUGCGGAAACAAAAUUUGCUUCCCGAGAAGCAAAAAUGUUUCCUAGAAAAUUCAGAAACGUUUGAUGUUUCCCUAUGUUUCUCAGUAAUGUUUCCAAGUGUUUGCCCACUCUUGGAAACAUGGCGAAACAUUGGUAGGAAACAAUGUUUCCGCAACAAUGUUUCCUAGUUUGCCCAGGGCUUUAGUCUGUAGUUGAAUCCCUCUCUUUCUGUUCUUAUGAACAUCAACAGUUCUUGUGUCCUCCUCCUAUCCUGCCUCCCCAUACAUAUAAUUAUAGUCAGAUAUACUGAAUAUAUAAACUAUAGAUACUGUAAAUAAAUGAACUAAAGCUGACAAAAAAAAAAAAUCUAUAUUAUUUCAUAUAUUAUACUGUAUUGCUUUCAAGGACGACAAUGAUGAUAAUGAUUAUUUCCAGUUCCAUAAAUCCGUAAUAAAACAGGUUAAUGUGAGGAAUGCUUUUAUUCGGUCCUGCAUGGGGUACACCCGCAGAGCUCAAUAUACUUUGUAUAGAAGUUAUCGGGGCGCCAUCCUCAAGGCCAUUCAGUUUCUUUCACGCUGUGCUUAGCACACAGGUGGAUGUAUACUUAAUGAUAUAAACUUUAUAUUUCUUAUAAGUUGUCAUGAUUAGACAACAAAGAUUUAUUUGUACCCAAAAAUAAAAUAUUUACAUUUUUUUAAUUAUAUGAGAAAAAAUAUUUAAGAAGAGUACCUGCUACCUGUAAUAACCAUAAUGGCAAAUAAGAUCAGGCAGCAGAAACAAGUCAGACUGGAUUCACGAAUUUAUAAAUUACUUAAGAAGAAGAAAAAAUAAAAAAAUCGAAAAAACCAACAACAAAAAACCAAUCCACUCAAUGUUUAAAAGAAACCUUAGGAAGAGAGACAAACAAUGUGUCAUUCUGAGUAUAAAAAACUAAUAUCCGUCAAUGAAGUCAAUAAUAGGCUGAGUCAAUAAUAGGGAGAAAGGUAUUUUAAGUUUUCAUGUAUAUCAUUCCACACCUUUACACCUUGAAAUCGAAUGUUAAAUUUUCCAUAAUUAGUCCUUACCCCUUGAAUUGAAUAAGAAAUCUUACUUGAAAGUCUGGUAUUAUAGUUGUGAACUUCGUUAACACGAACAAAAAAUUUUUCAAAUGUGAUCGGAAGUAAAUUACUAUGAUAUUUAUGCAUAAAUAUUGCCAUAAGAAAAACAACAAGAUCAUGAAAUUUUAUUAUUUUAGUUUGUUUAAAAAGAGGGCUAGAGUGUUCAUCGAAUUUGGAAAAUGUCGUAAUUAGCUCUUGUGUUCGAUGAAUGAAACCGUUACUCAUUGUUCCUUACUUCAGUCACUCCAAAAUAUUGGGAAACAUAUAACUCAACGACAAAAUAGAUACAAGGAAACGGUAAUAGUAACAACAAUCAUUUGUUUCUAGUUUAACAGCUUAUUUUGGUGUUUUGAAUAUCUUGGCUCCGAAAGAAGGCGAGACACUGUAUGUAAACAGUGCAGCUGGAGCAGUUGGCGCUAUUGUUGGUCAAAUUGCAAAAAUUAAAGGAUGUCGAGUUGUUGGCAGCGCAGGUUCAGAUGAAAAAGUUGCGUAUUGUAAAAGUCUGGGUUUUGAUGAAGUGUUUAAUUAUAAGACCGUUACAUCUGUUAAAGAUGCAUUGAAGGAAACUUGUCCGAAUGGAAUUGACAUGUUCUUUGAAAAUGUAAGUCUUUUUGAAUUACACUGUGCUACUAUAUGACGGUAGCAUGCAUGAGAGAUAAAUUUUGAAUUUUUUUCAUGUUUUCUUAAAUGACGUUUUCCACUUUGUCUCAUUCAUUAUCUAUAUAUGUUCACAGUUUAAAUAUUACAGUGCUAUAAAUAGAAAAACACCUACUACAAUUUUUAUACAGUUUUAAAAGAUAUUAAUUUUUAAAUCUCCACCAGGUUGGUGGCCCAGGAUUUUCAAAAGUAAUUUAUCAAAUGAAUAAUAAUGGUCGCGUUGCAGUUUGUGGUGCUAUAGCAACAUACAAUCAGAAAAGACCAGGAUUAAGUAAGUAGGAUUGCAUUAUUUGAUAUUAAUUUAGAAUAGCAUCUCACUUGAUACCUAUAGGCAGAGUAUAUCCAUCCACCUGCAUUUAGGGAAAGGAAAAUAUGGCCUGCAGGCUAUAUUACUUAUAUCUCUACGAAAUUCAAUUCAAUAUAUAUUUUAUACUAUAAUCUAUAUUGUACUUUGUAAUUGUAAUUUGUCAAGUUUGUCAAUCUUAUAUUGUAAUGUGUUACCCUCCUGAAAUAAAGUUUUUAUCUUAUCUGCCUGAUACCCUGCUUCCAAACAAAUUGUUUCCAUGUAUUUUACAUCCCACGGGUGAUUUAGAUGCACAUACCGUAAAUUACGGUAUGCAGAAAAUCCUACUGUAGUUCUACGGUACUAUAAGGUUGUGUACCGUGCAUUUACACUAACUUCAUGUAAUUCUAGAUAGAAAGUAACUUGACCACGCGCCUCUUCCAGUUGAAACAGGGUAGAAACCAGGGCGCUUAUAUAAUUAUAUAUGCACCAUGGUUGAAACCUUCCAUACACUCAUCAUUUUCCAUUCAUCGUUUUCGCCUGCUUUUUACCAGUUCUAAUUACAAAUCUUGGUAUUAUAACGAUUUUUAAUGAGAUACAUAUUUUAAAUGGUAAAGCUCACUGAAUUUCUGACCAUGUAAUGAUGUUACUGUACAUACAGAAUAUUCAUUUAUAUAAUUUUGUUAUAGUUGAAGACAUCCUGUGGCCUUUAGUAGGAAAUCGAAUUAAAGUUCAAGGAUUUAACGUAAUGCAGUUUACAAGUGACUUCCCGAUAGCAGGCAAACACAUUGUACAAUGGAUCAAAGAGGUACAGUAAGGGUAGUUUAUACUUAGUCCAUUUGAAGUAAUUAUUCACUCAGAGUACGGUAUUACAUCCUUCUUGAUGGUAGAUCAUCAUAACCAUCUGAAUACCUCAACAGAGACGUUUGCCCUAAAUGUACAUAAGUUAGGAAGAUGUCGAAAUAAUCACAUCGAAAGUGGUGGUUUUGUUUUUUCUUGUACCUAAAUAAUUGCGGGUUGUAAUUUCGAACAUCUCAAUUACCAUGAAUUGUUUCUUGAUCCCAGAUAGGUUGUGGUUACACCUGAUUAAGUUACUUGGUAAAAACGAAAUCUAAUAUUCUUGCACUUGUUAUAUAGUCAUAAGCUAAAAACAACACGUGCAGUUGACGUUAUUCCUGAUAAUUUGUCACUCUGUAACAACGAGUCAAGCAUAAAAGAAGUUUACAGUCUUCACAUUGAGUUAUUGUAUAAUUUUAGGGCAAAAUAAUAGUAAAAGAACACAUCACAUAUGGCUUUGAAAACUUUCCAAAGGCUUUUGUUGAACUGUUUACUGGAGAUAACUUUGGGAAAGCCGUUGUUAUAGUUGGUAAUUCGUCGAAAUUGUAA